AACUUAGCCUCUUCCCGCGGUAAAGGCAACGGUUCUGCUUUCAGCAACCUCUUUUCGAAGGGAAAAAAGGAGCUCGCCCGGAAUCGUUAAAUUUAACAGAAUGUCCGCAAUAUUGCUCAUUUUGUAACCGGAAAAUGCUGAGGACUCUUCGUUCCCGGCGCCGUCCUCGUUACGGUGCACAGGUGUGCGCCGUCAUCGCUGCUCUUCUUCUCCUCUUGUCGGUCACAGUUCUGCACAGUCGCCUUAGCUUCUCUCGCGACUCCCGCCUCUCCCCCAAAGUAGGGUUAGGGUUACGGUUUCCAAAUUCUAAAGUUCCCCCAAUAGACCCUCAAAACGACGCCGUUGUACUAGAUCCGCUCACUCAGGACUCCGAUCCCGGUGGAAACUCCGGCGCCGACGACCGGAUCGACGAGCUCGAUGUGAUGGAAGAGGAGGCGGAUCAGGCUGGGCUUUCCAAUGAGGAGGAGAUUCUGAGAGGGGUGGAGUCGGAGGAUGAGGAGGUCGGUGAGUCUAGGGUUUCUGGGUAUUUCUUUGAUCAUGUGAGCGGGGUCAUACGACGAGCUUUUGAUAAGCGUUCGAUCGAUCAGUGGGAGGAUUAUGUGGGUUUUGAUGUUGGAUCGGGUAUGGAGGAUCGGAGCAAGGGCGUGUUUGCGUCGGAUGAUGUGGUGGUUGAUGAGGAGGUGAGGAGGAAGGUGGGAGAGGUGGAUGGGAUCGAAGACAUGCUUUUGUUGAAGACGGGGCGGCGAGCAAAUCCAUUGAGAGAGGGCUGGGGCCCUUGGUUUGAUACAAAAAGCGAUUUUCUGAGAAGGGAUAGAAUGUUCAAGUCGAAUUUGGAGGUGUUGAAUCCGAUGAAUAAUCCACUUCUGCAGGAUCCCGACGGGAUCGGAAUUACCAGCCUGACUAGGGGUGAUAGACUUGUUCAGAAGUUUUUGUUGAACAAAUUUAAGAAAGUUCCUUUCCUGGUUAAGAAACCAUUGGGUGUUUCAGCUACUACAAAUCUUGGAUCGAGAUUGGUAGAAGAUGGUGGUCAAGUGGCAAUUAAGAUACGUGAUAGUUUAAAUGUACAGAAAACCACAUUGGGGAGUGAUGUGGAAGGUAGAAGAACUGAAAUUAGGAGAGCUGAGCGCAGAACUUUACAUGACAGCUAUGGUUUUGGUUUGGAUACUAAAAAAAUUGUCGAUGUUAAUGAGGUUUUAAAUGGCACUACUACUGGGAAUUCAUCAUACAAGCAUGAUAGGAAUGAGACUGUUGAAUACAAAAGCGUGCAAAAUAUUAGUGAAUUGGGUCACAAGAAUGGGGAUUCUAAAGCUAGGAGAUUGGGUCACAAUAAUGAGGAUUCCAAAGCUAGGAGGAAAUCUGAGUUGUCUGGUCACAUAUACGCUGAUGGGAAGAGAUGGGGAUAUUUUCCUGGUUUACAUCCCCGCUUAUCUUUUUCAAACUUCAUGAAUGCGUUCAUCAGGAAAGGGAAGUGUCGGAUGAGGUUUUUCAUGGUGUGGAAUUCCCCACCAUGGAUGUUUAGCAUUAGACACCAACGUGGUCUUGAGAGUCUACUCUCCCACCAUCGAGAUGCUUGUGUUGUGGUAUUUUCUGAGACAAUUGAGCUUGAUUUCUUCAAAGACUUUGUAGAGAAGGGUUUCAAAGUUGCUGUUGCCAUGCCAAAUCUUGAUGAACUUCUGAAGAAUACAGCAGCUCAUAUAUUUGCAUCUGUCUGGUUUGAAUGGAGAAAAACAAACUUCUAUUCUACUCACUACAGUGAACUUGUUCGUCUUGCUGCUCUCUACAAAUAUGGUGGAAUCUAUCUUGAUUCUGACAUUAUUGUCGUGAAACCUCUUUCUUCACUUAAUAAUUCUGUUGGCUUAGAGGAUCAACUUGCUGGAAGUUCUUUAAAUGGUGCUGUGAUGGUAUUUAGAAAGGACAGCCCUUUCAUAAUGGAGUGCUUGAAUGAGUUCUAUUCAACAUAUGAUGAUACAUGUUUGAAGUGUAAUGGGGCUGAUCUUUUGACAAGAGUUGCUAAAAAAUUUUUGAGUAAAGAAAAUGCCUCUGAUAAACAGCUGGAGCUUCUAGUGCAGCCCUCCUUUAUUUUCUUCCCUAUUAGUCCUCACAAUAUCACAAGGUACUUUACUACACCUGCAACAGAAACUGAAAAGGCUGAGCAAGAUAUUUUGUUUUCAAAGAUUCUGAAUGAGUCUUUCACAUUUCAUUUUUGGAAUAGCUUGACAUCAUCUCUCAUUCCAGAGCCUGAGAGUCUUGUAGCAAGGCUUAUUGACCACUCAUGUAUCCGAUGCUCUGAUGUGUUAUGAAUUUUUUCUAAAUUCAGUUAAAAGUAGAAGAUCCAGAUACAUCCAGGUUUGUCAAAGAAUUCAAUUUUUGCCCAGUGCUUGAAGAAAAUUCAGGGCCAUGUUUUGAAAACAUGAAGGAUAGGGGAAACAUGUGUCAAGUAGCGGUGAAGUACAGUUCUAUUAUCCAUGGACAUCUUUUGUGCUGAAGAACUGGAAAUCUUCUGUCAAGUAGUGGUACAAAAUCAAUUUUGUAUGAGAGAUGAAUAAACUUGUAUUCUUUGUUUGUUUGCUGGUAAGGCAGCAUUUGUAUCAUACAUAAUUACAUCAUCAUUGUCCUUAAUUUUUACUGGUAAAAGAAUGGAGAAUUGAGUAAAUUUUUCAGUUGGAA